CCGCGCAGAUCGGGCUGGGCGCCCUGAACGUCGCCACCAGCCUCGCCGCGCUCACGCUCGCCGCGUCCGCCGGGGUCCGCCACUCGUGCCCUUUCUGGGCUGGACUCUGCUCGGCUAUAUUUGCGGAAUACACCACGCCGCCGUUGACCCUGGCCAUUGACCGAGCAACCCAACGUUCCUACCAGCUCCCUCCGCAGGAAUGUGUUGGCUACCCUAGGCUCACGUGCCACCUCGUGCAGCAAUCUACCAGCGACUUUGACAUAUCCGGUGAGAAAAAGAGUCCUGGAUUCUUCGGGCGAUUGCGAUGCCGUAAAUUCCAUUCGAGUGCAGAUAUAUAUAUCUUGCGUGGUUUGGGUAGUUUCACGUGCUCUCGUUAGUGUGGCCACGUUGUGUGUCAUUGACCCAGGAAAGUCUCGUUCAGUCGGUAAUCAGGGACGUGCGGUCAGGGGAGGCAGGGGAAGCAAAGCCUCCCCUGCCAUACUCCAAUGAAAAUAGCUGUUACGAAAAGUAAAAAGAAAAUCGAAUAAAUACAUAUUAACAUUUUCCCGCUAAUUCGUGUUAUAAAUGUCAUUUCUGUACGAUUCCAAUCAUUUUUAUAGUCAAAAUCGCCAAAUUUGCGCAGCUCCGCUGCAAAUACAGGAAGAGACGAGAGGUGAGGCAGCGACGAGCUCAGCCUCCCCUCUGAUUGCGCAACCCCUCAGUAACUGGAUGGAGCGCGGGCAAUAAGCGCGUGCCUGUUACUAUCUCAAUAUGUCACCAAUGUAAUGUUUGUAGACCCCUUCAUUUCAUGUCCUCGCCUUCCAUACUCCAGGUAAUUUAUUUCACAUAUGUGUGUAUAGAAAUAUUUAGGCUCGCUGGUCUCGUCAUGAAUCUGCAAUGCAAAAGCACCAGGGGAGGCAGCUAUCACAUCUGCCUCACCGAGGGGGACGUGUCUAACACGCCCCCCUAUGUGAAGACACGCCCCCUCCGUGAGGCCACGCCCCCCUCAGUGUGUGAAUCUGGCUCUGACACCAGCCAGUGCCUCCCCAGCCAUUGACCUCACCGCACAUCACUGCUCUGUAUGCGCUGAGGGGUAUUGGGAUUCUUGGUCAGCUCCUAGCAAUGGGAGUUUGGUUUCACGUGCGCGGAAAUUUCAGAACCCGGAGAAAACCCACUCUGCAUAGGGGGCGUGGAGUCGGGGGGGGGGGUAACGUUCAAAUGUCUGCACACAGAUGGAUUCAGGAAUCCAUUUCUCUACUGCCAUCUAGCGAACACCCCGCGGCACGAGGCCACUACAGUGGCACUCCCUGGCGGUGCUCCCGUGCUAGAAAACUGGCCAAGUUCACACCUGCUUGGCUUUCACGAUCUUUGAAAUCAAUCAAAACGAAAUCAGGCACCAUCAACAUAGCCCCAUUGAUUUCUGAUCAUCAUCAUGUGGACUAGGGGGCACAACCUACGCGCCCGUGGCUCGCGUAAUGAUUGUUGUGUACACGUGUGUGUGUCUGUGGUGGGGAGCGGUGGUGAAGCGGUUAGCGCUACGCUAACCCGGGCCUCCCUUAGGUCGACUCAGCCUCAAAUGAGGACAUGGUGCGGUGUGUAAACAUCGUCACUUGGGGGAAAAAAGGCCGUCGGGCGUGGUGCUGGCCACCCACCCCCUCGUGUACCGUUCCGGCCUUCAUAGGUGCUCGCUAACAGCACUUGCCCCUACAGUCAGUUAAGGCUAUACGGAGGGGGAGCUUUGUCUUUGUGACACGAGUGGACGUACAUACAGUGGCCGUCACUGUAAGCAUGAUUUUUCCAAUCUCUUCCACCAUCGAUCACAGAUAAUCUGCAUAAUGGUAAUUACCGACAUCGGCUGAUUGAUUGAGCUGCUGUCUGAAGCGUGCACGUGGCUUCAGUUUUCAUACAUUUCUGCUCGUUUUCUCCUCUGUGUCGUGAGCGCUCACCGAUUGAUACCAUCGGGCACGAGUGAUGAAGCCCCAGCAUCAAUGUUUCCCACAUUUGGACGUAAAUAGCCACGGAGAUUGCUGGGCGUCUCGAACAAAAAAAAAAUAGUUUGCUUAAUUACCCGAAACUCCUGUAUAUAGCGUCCAUUAACUUUGCUUAUGAACACAUCAAUAAUGCGAAUUCAACGAGCACAACUCGUUAAUAUUUAAACACGGAUCGUUACAUUUUUAACACACGGGACCAGGCCAGGGAUGCACAGAUAGCGGGCACAGAUACGCACCAACAUAAACAACAACAACUUGGCUCCACGCUCCAUAAUGGUGUGGUGGAUUGGUGUUUUAAACCAACACACAUUUCGAUAUGUGAUGCUCUCACCACCUUUGCAAUUUGUUUCAUACCGUAAUUAUUUUAAUUACGCAGCGCACAGAUGUAGAUUUCUUUUGGGUUGUUACCUUCCCGGAAUGGUUUGCACCGCAGCCAGUCAAUUACCAGGUCCGCGUGCGUUUUUUUUUAUUCUAUAAAUUGUUAAAGUGCGGGUAACUCCCACGUGUUCCGUAGACGUCUGGCUUAGGUGGAAGAGUCGGCCACAUACCCACCUCAAGUGGAGGGCCCUUGUUCCUUUACCGAAUUGCCUGGCAACGACCUUUCAGUCAGUUCACGCGUGCGGUCAUUCAGAUUCAUGGACCGUAAUUUUAGACCCCCUCGAGGCCACACAAUGCAGGGCCCGGUCAUAUAUUCUCCCCACAGUUUGCCCUAAGAGGUCCCCUGCCACGGCUAUUACCUGCUGACAAUGCAUUUCUCGGCAAGGUGUUUGUUACAGAUAACAACGGAGGAUUGUUUACAGCCCACAACGAGGUCUCGGCUGUUUCUGGGCGUCGAGCAGUCGGCGUCGUCAUCAUGAUCAUCAACAUCACCACAAUCGGCCACGAUCAAUCCGUGGUCGGAUGACAGCCUUCCCCAAAGCCGUCACCAACGGUCUCCAAUCCACCCGGCAUUUACACACGGGCCAAACAUUCAUCGCUCCAUCUCCGCGGUGAACGUGAGCUCGGGGGGGGGAGGGGGGCGGGGGGUGUGUGCAGGCCCUUCGUUGGCGACAUGGGCAGUGAAUUUGUUAAAUUUUCGCGUCGGCCCACCGCACUUGGUCGUGCCCGCGCUGAUUACGUAUUUCACGCUGACCCACACAACCCAGCGCUGGGGUUAGCAGCCCCAUUACGAACGGGAGAGAAACAUGUUAAAAAGCCUCGUGGGAACAAAAAAAAACAAAAGGCCAGAAUACUAGACUUGUGUAGAAGAAAAAUCAAUACAUGUUCGGUUUGAUCGUGCCAAUGUCAGAGUCCAUCAUGAAAUUCCAUCAAUCUUGGCGUCUUUGCAUAUCAAUGUUCACUGACUAACUCGCUUGUGUGUGUGCGUGCAUGUGUGUGUGUGUGUGUGCUCAUGUGUGUGCGUGUGUGCGUGCUUGUACGUGUGUGUACGCCUGUGUGUGCGUGUAUGUGUGCGUGCACAUGUGUGCGCGUGCGUGCAUAUGUGUGUACGCCUGUGUGUGUGUGCGUGCGUGCGUGCGUGCGUGCACUCGUGCGUUCUGUGUUGUCCGCUCGUGUCGUUUUUCUCAGGCUUUGCUGUGUGGGCUGAUUGGAGUGGUGUCAUGGAAGCGACCAAUAGCGAUCGUGAUAAAGUUCUUCAUGGUGCUGUCGGCGGUGUGUGUGAUGCUGAACCUCGCCGGCUCCAUCCUGUCCUGCCAGAAGGCUCAGCUCGUCUCCUCCUUGCACCACUGCCACACGGCCGGCUCGGAGCCGACCCUCGUGUGCGUGUGCUGCGAGAACCCGAAGCUCAACGGCUGCAGCAACGCCGCCGGCGACUCCAUCCGCCUCUACCCGGCGCUGCAGGGCUGCCAAUUCGUGCGCCACUCCCUCAAGGACCUGCUGUUCGCCGUAUGUGCGCUGAGCGUGGUCUCCGUGGCUGUGUGCGUUCUCGCCACGUCAACUCGCUGCAUGCAGAUCAUCUCCUCCGACGCCCUUCACACGUUCAUCUCUCAUCGGCUGGAGCACGGCAUCGAUGACUGCCCCAACCCACGUGACUCGUACUUCACGGGCGAGGACUACGAUGACUUCGUGGCGCCGGCGCCUCCGCCACCGUACGACCCCCCCGCCUACGCACAGCACGCUCCGCCAGAGCCGCUCAGGCCGGGCAGCCUGGGGCUGGUGUCGUACCCCCUGGGGCUCGCGACGGGGCCGUCGGGAGAGAGCCCGGACGGUUGGUGCCCCACGGAGCUGCCGCCGCCGUACGAGACCGCUGUGCUCGGCAACGCCUUUCUGCAGACAUCCAGCCUUGAAGAGCAGAUCACAGACACCUCUUCGUACACGAUGAGCAACUACCAUCACAUGGCGUGCCACGGUGGAGGCCAAAGCCCCGGAGCGACGUCAGCGGACGGGACGGCGAGCGACAGCGAGGACGCCACGUCGGCGGGCUCCUACUCGGGGCGCGCCCAGGGCUCCACGCGCUCGCUGGAGCCAUCGCCCAGCACCACGGACGCGACGACGCCCACCCUCGCCAGCUGCUGCAGCAGCCUGGGCGCCAGCGACUCCCCCGCGGAGGACGGCGACCGCGUGCCAGGCUACUGCGAGCGUUGCGGCACGCUCGCGGCAGCCGCCGAGGUUUUCCUCGGGGAGGGCGAGGGGGUGCCGGACGGCGUGCCCGGGAGGAGGAGGUGGACGAGCUCCGGCGACGGCGCCGACGCGGCGAGCGAGCCGUCCGCGGCGCCGGCGGCGUGCUCGUGCUUCGGCGAGUCCGGCACGGAGACCGACCUGACGGCCGGCGACGACAUUUCCGUCGAGAAUUUCCAGAGGCGGUGCUGCUCGCUCGAGAACGCCGCCGAGGAAGCGGCGAGGAGCGCGGAGGAGCGCGGCGAGGACUUGCCGGUCAGCCCGGGGGAGCAGGACGACGGGUGGAGGAGUGGGGACGAUCACGUGGAGAGAGGGAGGAGUGGGCAGGAGGAGGAGGAGGAGGACGAGCGGGGUCACGGAGGGAGGAACGGGGAGGAGCAGGGUGAGCAUAGGACAAGGGAGGUUGGGCAGCUGCAGCACGAGUGCAGCUGUGCUGAGUGUCGGUGCGGGGAGGUUUGGGCCAUGAGCCCUUUUGGCGUGGGCAUAUUGAUUGUACAGCAGGCGGAGGUUCAUUUAAUUUCUCCUGGCAAAAGUUCAAACCCUACCACCUCUCGCACUGCAUGCCAGCGAAAUGCAACGGGCUCCGAGCAGCAGUUUCAAGCCAACGGGUCCGUGGCUCUGCGCGAGUCCGCGAGCAGAACGCAACCGGACGAUUGGGUCUCGGACGAUGAAUUGACGGAAAACGUAAGCGUCGCAAACGCCGCGGCAACGGCGUGGGCCGGCGAGGCGGGAUGCCGCGGAAUGGACGGGGAAGCGCAAAUUAGCCAGGCCGCAGAGGAUGAGGCCGCCGCGCAGAGUACACCGGUCGAGGAGGAUGCGGAAUUUCCUCCUUUGAUGACCGAGCCGGCAGGCCUUGGCAGCCCGACCGUGAGCCACGUGUUGCAGCCCCAGCGGAGUGCCAAAACCCCGGCCACGGGAACGCCGUGAAAGGGGCUCGCGCGGAGACGGGAGCGAACCAUUUUCGACGUCUCGAGAGCCGAAACGACGCUGUGAAAAAUCCCUUGGGGAUGACGCGAUAGAAAGCCGUCUCCCCGGUGAAAUGUACUUGCCAUGCGCGUUGUUGCCAGGAGGAUCGUAGGGUGCUGGCGUUUAAGGUUCCGCCAACAAUACGAAGGCAAGUAUUAUCGGUCACGUUUGAUUGUAAAUAAUUAAAUCUAUGCAGUUCAGGAUUCCGUACCAACGUCCGAUUACGCCACUGUUCUUUUUUGUUCCCCCCCCCCCCCCCCGCAUCACUUCUCCUUUGUUCUUGUUGUUUUUAAUCUGUUUCCCGUCCGCUUCCAUUCCUUACUCCAUCGAAAGCUGCCGUCGGGAGGAGGAGUUGGUUUCUCGCUGAGGCUUGUUCAAGCCAAAUGUCGUUCUUAUUCGAGCAGGGAGGGAGAGACCCCCAAAGAGGGAUCAUCUAGCCCGCUGUCAAUUUGGUGCACCCAUUUAAUCAGUUUCGUCCUUUUUCCAUACUCUGUGUGGAAUCAUGAAAUGGUAUCUUGCCCGUGCGCGCGCACGCAACCCGUUUUGAACGCCCGUGGUUAUGACCUCUUGAACACGUUGCGGUGCAUGAUGCAUUGUGCCAGAAGUAGGGCUCUCUCAAGACUGUUUUUAAAUUAAAUUCAGCAAAAGAUUCGACUGAAAACAGCCAACCGGUGGUGCUACUGGGAAUCGAACUGGAUUAUGUUUUAGGAGUACAUGGAUUGUCCAUAGGAAUAUCCACGGUGUGAUUUUUCUAAUUGAUAAGCAGAUUCUUUCUUUUUUUAAACUACCGUCGAAGAACGAUUGUGAUAAAUUAUUGGUAAUUCAAUACUUUUCUUGAAACAUUUUACAAAGGGUUGUCGCGUCGAAACCGGUGGGUUUUGUUCGCCGUUCUUUUUUUUUCAACAAACAGUAAGAUUAAACCUUGGCUGCUAAUUGAUGCAAAAGCACGGGUUCCGGAUAUAAAAUAAAAUCUAAACAUGAAACAUUCAACGAGCAAUAAUGAUCUGUUAAAAAUACUUAAUAAUCCAAAUAAGUUAACCAUGUGGCUACAUCAGGCAUCACAAAAUUCCAGAAAUUAAUCUUUUACAAACGUAAACAUUACUGUGUAUGGUUUUUUUCGCGGUUGUGCAUGGCACACUCUACACGAUUUUGGGCCGUGCCAUGAUGUCCGACGUUACCGCUCCAUGCGCUAGGAGCUUCUUCAGGAACUGAAUUGCCCAUUCCUAUUCAGCAAAUAUCUGGACAUCCCGUCUAAGAACAAUUCCCGAAUUCAAAUCAGGAAUCAAGUUCCUGGAGAAGCUCCCGGCCACGCAGAGGGAAACGUCGGACAUCAUGGCAAACAACAGAUACGUUCGCAGAGCUCAUGUAAAAAUUCCCCCAAGAUGUGACUUGUCCGAUUUGCUUGCACUUUACUUGCUCGAUGUGAUUUGAAAUAUGCUCAUUAGCUUUGUGUUAUUUAGUCAAGGGUUGAUGGACAAGUCGAGUGUAACAGACUUGUCCUCCCGUAUGCGCUAUAGCUCUCGAUUCUCGUGAUUUGAUGACUGUUGUACGAAAAUAUCCAGGUGCUUUGUGCAAAUCGUGCGGUCGUGAGAACCAAACUGUACGCACGUCGUGAAUGUUUUACCGUCAAUUCAUAUUUGCACUUUCAUAUUUUCACGCGAUUUAAUUAAGUAACCAUGCAAUAAGUCACGGAGGGUGUAAUGUUUGUGUAGGCCUGCGUUUUCGAAUUCGGCGGUUCAACGCACUUUAUUUUUGUAUGUUGCUGGUAUAUUUUUUGUUUUUAUUUUAAUCUCAGGAACACUUGAAAUGGGUCAGAAUUUUUUCGUCAUUCCCGUUUUUUUUGUCCUUUAUACUUUUCUAUCGGCUCUUACGAUUUCGACCGCCGCAAUAAGACGAUUUGUAAAAAAAAAAAACACAGUCCUGCGACACCCCUCCCGCGGUGCACAGAACACGCGCAGCUAACGAAGCGACUCUCAAGGUCAACAGGGCGCGCGGCAGGAGAAGAGAAAAGACGGAAAAAUGCUUCAAUUCACGGAUUUCCAAGCGGGAAAACAACAACAACACGCGCGCGCGCCUAACUCAAGUACUUAACCGCGACGAUGAUCGUAAACCGAGCGGUGACGCGGUUAAAACCCGAGCGUUUUAUACACUCGAAUACGGUUUCGUGUCAGUGUCCGCGACCGUCACGCGUCUACGUAAGAUAACGAAAACGCGCGGCUGCUGUGAUGCAAUAAUGUAAAAUAAAAGCGAGAGAGUAAGCGGA